GGGGGGGGUGGAGGAGUGAGAAUGUUCCAGGGUGUUGGGGGAGGGGGGCCGGCCGCGCUGACUUGGCGGGAGGUUUUGGAGUCUGUCGUCAGGCUCCCGGGGCUCCCAGUGUGUCGGCCCUGGUGGGUACUCGGUCCCUGCCCCGGACAGCUCAGGUUCCAGCCGCUGCCCCUUACUUAGAGCACGACCCCCGAGGCCAGCUGCACUCUCUGUCUCCACUGCCCCUCCCAUCACCAUUUUCCUUCUCAAAGGGAAUGUCUUUAUUGAAGUAUAAGACCUACAGAAAAGCACACAAAUUGUAAGUCCACAGCCCAGCCCGUUCCGCAAAGCGAACACUUGUGUGACUGCUGUGAAUCCGAACAUCACCAGCCCCUAGGGAGCCCCCCGCUGCACCCCCUUCCAGCCCCUUGUUCCCUCUCAUCCCCAAGGGUGACCGGAUCCUACCUUCUGUCAGUCAGAGUGGGGCGCUUUGGCCUGUGUUGAACUUGGCAUGAGGAGUCCAGCACCGUGGUGCUCUCCUUGUGUGUUCUGCUCACGGCUGUGAGUCAGCUGGGUGUCCUUCCUCCCCAUCUCUCGAGGGGCUCCGCUGAAUGAAUAUACCAGAACUGACUUGUUUUACAAUUAAAGGGCAUUUGGGGGCCCCCGUGUCUUGGCCAUGACAAGCACAGGACCGGGGACAGUUUCGCUGGGACAAGGCUUCCUGUGCACGUGUCUCUCUUCGUUUCCAUUGGGCACAUCCCAGGAGUGGAAUUGCCUCCGGCUACCUCUGGAAUUCAUUCCAGUCGGACUCUGGCCCCUGCCACUCCCGCAGAGGAGCUCUGCCAAGUCCCCGGUGGCCCUGCUCAGUGCUGGUCCAUCCUCAUCCGAAGCAACCUCUCUGCAGCCUUUGGCACAGCCGACCACUGACCUCUCGUGACACUCCCCACUUGGCUUCUAGGGCCCCCCUUUGACCUCUUCCUCUGUCACAGUGUCCCUUCUCAGACUCCUUUGCCGGAUCCUCCUCAUUUCCAGUGCUAGCCUUGGAGCCCCUUGGGGGAGGGCCAUGGCUUUGUGUCCUCCCCGUCCACACUCACUCCCCAGGGCUCCGAUUUCACCCAGGCUUCGCCACCCUUCACACAGGGACGGUCCCCACGCUGACGUCUCCUGACACGUGUCCCUUGCUGCUGCACUUCAGCACUUGGUCAUGUAAAAGGCACCUCAGAUUUAACAAACAGAACCUAAAUUCUGAUCCCCCAGGCCUGCCCCUCCUACAGUACCUCCCCUCUCAUCUUAAUACACGGAACUCCUUCCUUCUCUUUAUUUUGUGGCUCACAAGCAAACGUUAUUGCACAGCUUUCAAAACACAUCCCAGGUCUGCCUGCUCAUGACCCCUCCGCUGACACCCGGGUCGCAGCCACCAGGUGCCCGCCCUCCUCUCUCACCCUCAGCCCAGAGCUUCUGGGGACUGCCCGGCUGCCCGAGGCCCGCCUCCUGAGGUCCUCACCCCUGCUCUUGCUCCCACCCUCUCAGCCAAACCCGCCUCUGACCACACCCCCAACAUGCUGGGCGUCCCUGUCACAGUGCCUUUGCUCUUGCUCUUCCCUCUGAUACGCACACGGCUCGCUGUCCUGCUUCCUGCGGCAUCUGCUCAGAUGUCACCUCUCGGGAGGCCUUCCUGACCACUUCCCACUCAAGUUCUACGCAAUCUAUGUCUGUUUGGUUUACUGUCUGUUUUCUCCUGUUCUAGAAUGUAGGUUCUAGGAGGGUGGGACUUACUCAUUCCCACUUCCCAGAGCCAGGGGCAGGGCCUGGACACGGCGGACUCCCCGAGGCACUAACCGGCUUGCCCUGCAAGUAUACCUUUGGAAGGUUUUCUGGCCACGUUUGUGGCCCCACAUCGCCUACUGAGACUGCUGUAACCAGGCAUGACAGAAGCUUCCAGAAAUUGGAUAUGGUUUAACAGAGUGAGGUUCCCGUUCAGCCGCCCAGAGCUGCUGAAGGAAUGGGUGCUGAACAUCGGCCGGGGCAACUUCAAGCCCAAGCAGCACACAGUCAUCUGCUCCGAGCACUUCCGACCCGAGUGCUUCAGCGCCUUUGGAAACCGCAAAAACCUGAAGCAGAAUGCCGUGCCCACAGUGUUCGCCUUUCAGGAUGCCGCGCAGCUGGUGAGGGAGAGCGCGGACCUGGCCGGCGAGGAUGCGAAUGUGGGCUCUUACAAGGAGGAGGCCGUGCCUGCGGCGGGGCUGGCAGAGUGCGGCCCGGGGAGGACGGACAGUGCCCUCGAAGCGCUGCCCCCGAGCGCCGGCGGCGCCGCAGAACAGGGCCUGCCGCAGAGACUGCAGGGACUCUCGGCCCCCCGUCCGCCGGCCAGCCCCACACAGCCGUCCGAUCACAGCUACGCCCUUUUGGACCUAGAUGCCCUAAAAACAAAACUCUUCCUGACUCUGAAGGAAAACGAAAAGCUCCGAAAGCGCUUGAAGGCCCAGAGGCUGGUGAUACAGAGGAUGUCCAGCCGCCUCCGUGCACACAGAGCGGGGCAGCCAGGACUCCAGGCCAGGCCCCGGCCGGAGCCACAGAGCCGAGCUGGGCGGCCAGGCUUUCCCGUCAGCGCGUCUGGGGCUCGGGCCAUGGACCCUGAAGUGACAGCGAGGCAGGCCAGGCCCACCACCAGCCACCUCAGGGGAGGUGUAGCCGCGUCGGCCCGGGACAGGAACGGGACCGUGGGCAGGACAGAUUCGGUCCUCCCGGAGGGGACGGGGGCCAACUGUCCUUCCAACGAAAGCUGGGCGGGGGUCUUCAGCACCACGGUGUGAGGAGGCGUCCUGAGCCGACGGGGACGGAGUGCGUUUCCCUGAGGGGCAGCAGGGCCCAGGGAAGGACACGAGAGGGGGUGACGGCGGGGUGGCUGAGACUGGCCUCUGUUCUCAGGCGGGCCUCCCCGGGGCCUGGGGUGAGUGAUGACAGAAUAAAGUGUCUUCCUGUGCUGCA